AUGAAACCUCUGUUAUUUGCCGUAGAACUAAUACUCCUUUGCAUAUCUUGCCGAGCAAGUGUAUUGGCAACGACUAUUCCUACUGUGUCCACAUCCUUGCCAGCCGCCAAUUUCACCAGUCUUGGCGUAGCGCACAGCUAUGGAACAGACACCACGGCUAUUUCUAAAACCAGACGGAAACGUUAUAUUAGCCAGAACGACAUGCUUGCCAUUCUUGAUUACCACAACAAAGUAAGAGGGAAAGUGUUUCCUCCAGCAUCUAAUAUGGAAUACAUGGUGUGGGAUGAAACUCUGGCUAAGACAGCUGAGGACUGGGCUCAGGCCUGCAUGUGGGAGCAUGGACCACCUCACCUUCUCAGGUUCCUGGGUCAAAACCUCUCCGUCAGGACAGGACGCUAUCGAUCCAUUCUUCAGCUGGUGAAGCCGUGGUACGAUGAGGUCAAAGAUUACUCUUUUCCGUAUCCCCGUGACUGCAAUCCUAGAUGCCCUCUCAGAUGCUAUGGACCCAUGUGUACCCAUUAUACACAGAUGGUGUGGGCAACGUCUAACAAAGUCGGCUGUGCUAUUCACACGUGCCACAAUAUGAAUGUAUGGGGUUCAGUGUGGAAACGGGCAACGUAUUUAGUUUGCAACUAUUCACCUAAGGGUAACUGGAUUGGAGAAGCUCCCUACAAAGUAGGUGUACCCUGCUCCACCUGCCCUCCCAGCUAUGGGGGCUCCUGCAGCAACAACAUGUGCUUCCCUGCUCUGAAGACAAACUACCUGCACUGGUUCAAAUAA